AUGGCACCGGCCGCCGCUCGACCAGAUGUUUACGCCGUGCUUAGGCCUGUUAUGGCACUGCUCACCAUCUCCGUGGCUGUGUCUAUGGUGUGGAUUAUGAACUGGAAAGAAUCAUUACAGAACUUCCUGAUGGGCCCUGGGAUCGUGAAACGCAUCAUGAUCACUGCGUUGGUUCUGAUCAACUGGAAGAGCAUGCCCUUUACUUAUCAGUUCCGCGUCUUUUAUACCAUCAUCUACCACAUAUAUAUUCGCAAGAGACCUGGCCUCGGACCGAGCGCCCUCUUCAAACCCAUGAUCUCCACAACGUACACCUCCGUCUUUGAGAUCGACUACAACUUGCACAAGUCAAACAGCAGCUUCUUUACCGACGUCGAUGUCUCCCGCGCACAACUGGUCUCAUAUCUACUACGCCCCGCCAUGACAAACCUGGCGCACAAUACCUCAAGCCGCUACAUCCUGGAUCCCAAGUCAGGUGAGCCCAUGAAAGGGGCUCUCGGCGUCGUACUUGGGUCCGUGCAGUGCUCAUUCCACAAAGAGAUUGGCCUGUACAAGAAGUAUGAGCUUUGGAGCAGGGUUCUUUGCUGGGAUCGAAAGUGGUUAUACAUCUUGACGCACUUCCUACCUGCGGGCACCGCCAAACUCACGUCAUGGCUCAAUUCUGGGCUCGGCCGGUCCAAGGCCAGGCCCAACUCAGACCUCGCCAGCGGUUGGGAGAGAAAAGUUCAGGCUACGGCGAUUAGCAAGUACGUCUUUAAGAUUGGACGACUCACGGUGAAUCCUGCGCGUAUUCUGGAUGAUUCCGGGCUGCUGCCUGAGAGACCUGGCGGUUGGAUCGAGGGGAGUGAGGAGCAGCUCGGUGAUAUGUCUGUUGACUUGAGCAACAUUGACCUUACGAUGGACAAGGAAUUGGACUGGCGUCUUAUCGAAGCCCAAAGAAGAAAGGGUAUGAUAAUCGCAGCACGCUUCCAUGCUCUUGACGAAGCCAAGAACUUGUUUGAUGGUGGAGAGAAUGGUGCCCUUGCAUGA